AUGGCUUCUUAUCAAACAGGCAGUGAGGCCUUUGCCCGUGAAAACAAGGCCCGAUCGGCCGGCCUGCAAGGCGCCUGGGCUGACAAGUACCGCGGGGCAACCGUUGAAGAUCUGGACCCUCCCCCUGCGCUGUCUGUCUCUCCUAAUGAUUCGAUCGCUGCUGCGAUGAUGACCGCCUACGAGCGCGACUACACCCACCUCACCGUGAUUGACGCGACGAAGCGAUCCCUCCUCGGCUACUUGAGCAUUCCCCGACUGAAGGAACUCCUUCAACAUGGUACCGUCAAGGAUACCGAUACGGUGGCCGUGGCUAUGCAACGCUUCAACCGGAAGCGUGGUAUUUACCAGGUGAUUACCAUGGAGACCCCAUUGGAAGAGCUGGAACAGUUUUUCGAGAGCGAGUCCGGGCCCAACGGGGAGAAGCGUGAGAAGCAGCAGUUUGCGGUGGUCACGGAUGUGACUCGCAAGUUUGUGCUCGGUGUGGCGACCAAGUCCGAUUUGGAGGAAUUUGUGAAACGCAGACCCGCAUAA